AUGAUACUUCUGCCAUAUAUAUUUAUUAUUUUUCCCCGAAGCGAAUUGAAGCAAACUUAUUAUAUCUUUAUAAAUAGAACGCAAUCAAAAUGAAUAAUAGCCAAGUACAAAUUAAAUUUAAUUUACCCUAGGAUUGUUCAUUGGCAGACUCUUGCCAAUACGGUGGCGCAGCAACAUCGGGUUGACCAACCCAAGCUAUAUCUGAUUUCAGGAAGCUAG